CAAAAAUUGUUAUCAUUUAACUUAAAACUUGCUCAAAUUUCGCUUCUGAGAAGCACUUUUAAUUCGUUUUUCGUUUUAAUGUUACUCCUAAAUGCGCGACGUACUUAAAUUGCGCGAACAAAAAUGAAUCCAUCGUCUCCCAUCGUUAAAACGAGUCGUGGCGAGGAAAUCAACAAAUGCUACACUUGCCCGAAACAAUUGCAAGUUAAAUUAGUAAGCGCCGAGUUAAAUGUCUCAAAAACUAUUCACAUUUCGCCGGUGCGUGGCAGAACGCCGCAAACGCCUCAGCAAACGACAAAAGCGGCAUCAGCUCGAAGUGUUUCGCCGUCAAUUGAUCGAGAAGCAGCUCGAGAGUUUAUUCGAAAGCAACAGGAACAACGAAAAGCCAUGGAAGCUGCUCGAAAAUCUCAAAAUGAAAGAGAAUUAAUUAAAGAGCGAUUGGCAGCUUUGCAAAAACGUACUCGAAAUCUCGUGCAACACAAUGUCGAAAGGAAAAAAGCGACAAAAAAACAAAGUCCUUUGAAGAAAAUUCCGCAAAAUGUGAAUAAAACACCUCCGAAAGUUAUGGCUCCUCCUGCAAGAGUCCCGAAAAAAGUAGAUAAAGAAAAUUUUCACGCAAAACGAGUUGGUUUGGAAGAAAAAUUAUUGAGAUCGCCAUCAGGAAAAUCAGAAUCGCUUCAAAAAAUGGCAAGAAAAGUCGAUGCUGGAUUCUUACAACCGACAGACUUGCUAAAAUCCAAUCAAUCUCUCGGAUUGUUGCGAAAAGGAGAAGCUUUGCUCAAGGAUGACAUUUACAGUCCUUUGAAAAUUCAUGACGCUACGGGAGUUAACGAAUCUACAGGUAGAUCCAUGGAUUUCGGUCGACCUUCGACCAACAAUCAAACGUAUGGCGAUCUCACACUCGAUCCAAACGCCACGAGUUUCAUAAUUCACGAAAAUUCACAAGAACAUGAAAAGACCUUGGGCGAUAAACAGAAAACUUUUAUCAAAAGUCCCGAAAAGAAGAAGGAACGAGAGAUUCCUGAAUGGUUACAGGAGACAAAUGUGCAACAAUAUCCUUACAACUUCAUAACAGCCUUGAAGAAAAAACUUUCGGCAGCAAUGAAAGAAAUUCAAAGUCCCGUAGAGCCCGCAAAAGAAACAGCAAAUGUCGAAAAAUACCACAAAAUGGGACUCGUAAACGACAAACGAGACUAUGAAAGUUGCAGUUUUACGGAAUGUUUGUCGGAAAGCCUUCAAUUGGGACCAGAUAUGAAACAGGACAAACGUGAUUGGCAACGCAGACAAGAAAAAGACAAUAUUAACACAAGUGUAACAUCAAUAUCGUCUCCCGUGGCAUCGAAAUACGAAGAAAAUGAAGAUACGGAUUGCGUGAUUACUAUUUCCGAUCCAAAUACUGUCUCUGAAGUUACUUCGUUGAAAUCCGAGACGCCAGAAGUGGUAAUUAGACCUUCAGAUGUAACUCCUGAAAUGAAUCCUGUGCCAUUUUACAACGAAUUUAACGAGGUUCGAGAGAAAAUGAACAAAUAUUUACUGCCAAGUACAUCGAAAAAUCCGAAUUUAGUGGAAAAAUCAAUGGUAAAAGAGGAUAAGACAAGAGAAAAACAACGAAUUUCAUUUGAAUCUGACAAUUUGAACAAAACGAGCAACGAAAACAAGGAAAAUGUAACAAGUGAUAGACAACAAAUGUAUGAAAAAUUGUUAUUGGAGUUCAAACAGAGUUUGAAUAAUUUCAUCGAGCUGAAUCAGCAACUUCAUGAAGCGGUUAAGAACCAAAAACGAGAUAUCGCAAAACGAAAAGAGGAAGAAGAAUCGAAACCCAUGCCAUUAUUUGAUGUUCCAAAAGCAAUAACGCCUCAAAAAUUGUCUCCUCAAGCAGAAAUUCAAUUAGAACCUGUUACGCCAACAAAGUACAGUUCAUCAUUUGACUCCCAAAUCAUCUCUAAUGGCAAAAUAUCCAUCGAACGGCAAAACUCGACGUCAUCCAGCAGCACAACGACAUCAAAUGGAACAACAUCGACUCACGAUCACAGUCAAGACAAUCGAAAAAGUGACUUUUAUGAACCGCAACGCUUCGAAAGAGAGUUUGAACGUGCCGUAUCUCCUCCGCCGAUGUCCUCAGACAAUGUUGUCGAAGAAAUUAUUUCGCACGAGAGUCAAUUGACGUCGUCAAAAUCCGUUCCCAUCAUUCGCGAACACCGAGACAAAGCAAAAGCUCUUUCUCCGUACAAAAAUAUCGAUAGCGGAACGUCGUCUCUGAAGGAAGAUUCAGGUUCAAUGACUUUACCAACGUUACAAUCGUCGGAGAAACAAAGCACGAGUGCGGGAAAUGAUGAAUCUUCAGUUCCAACGACACUUUCGUAUCAUCCGGAUCCCAAAAAAGUGCCUGAAGAUGAAAGAACUGACACGGAAAUCGAGUCGUUGCCAACAGAUGGCAGGUAUGAGAGUGAAUUUGAACGCGAAUCGGAAUCCGCUGUCGAAAGUAGCAUUAUGGAGAUGUCAGCGAACGAGUCAAACCUGAAUUUUAGUUAUUCAACAGUCGGAAUGGUUGACCAAUUGAUCUAUUCGCAAGAGAUGAAGGGCGAACAAUUAACUGCGAUUAUCGAAAGUAAGGCAAAAUCGAUGAUUGAUCGUUUAAAGGGACAAAUUUCCUUUCUUGAAGUCAAAAAGCAACGAUGUAAGGGAGAUGGAGCUGUAGAAGAAAAGAAAUCGAUUCGAAAAAAGCAACGAGCGAUAUUGAUGAAGUUACAUGAAGCAAGAAAAAUUCUCAAAAAAAUUGUUGAAUCCGAGUCUCAUCAAAAAGUGUUAAAACAGAAGACAACGAACACAAAAUAUCAAAAUCUCUUUGAAAAAAUUCUGAAAUCACGCAUGAAGGGACCAAAUUCAUCGCUUGAAAAAUCUCAACCCAUUAAAGGAUUCGAAAUUGAACCAAGUUUAGUUUUGGAGCGUCUUUUGAAGAAACGACAAGCUGAACUUGAAGCUCGAAAAAAGAAAUUGGAAGAACUUCAUCAAUGGCAAGCUCAAUUAGAUGCCGAAGAGCGUCGUGUCAUGCAAAUGGAAGAAAAAUUGCUCCAACAAAACAUCGCAGAAGCUCAAGAAGCAGCACGAAACAACGUAAAAUCGCCUAAAUCUGUCUCUUCUCGCGAAGAAUCAAUCAAAAAAUCGCCUUUUAAACAAAUCUCAAGUGACGAGGAGGAUUCUCGCAUCGCAAAAAGACUCAAUAACAUCGAAAAAAGUUUGUCCUUGUUGGAAGAUGUGCAAGACGAAGAUGAUGACGUUGUAUUAACGGGCUACAAAUUGAACAAAUUAUGGUAUCGCCUUUCGGGACGCAAAGAAAAGAAAUUUGAACCUGAAACUAUUUAUCAUUUAGACAAAAAACGCGUCGCUGAGUUAUACGAAGAAGCGAAAAAUGUCGUUUUGAGUCAAUUUGAGGACAAAAAUCGCGUGAAACAAAUGUUGGAGAUGUCAAAAAUGCAGGAAAGUUGUGUCGAAAGUGCUUUGGAAUUGUCGCCGCAUGAAUCCCCAAAAGCUGGAUCUUCAACAACGGAAGCUUCGUCGGUUUUGGAUAAAGAUCCGGAUGAAAUUGACGUGCCAGAAAAGGUUUUUUCGCCAUUGGAAGUUAGUAACGUUACUUUAACUGAAGAGAAUUUGCCGAAAAUUGAGUCUGAGAUUCGAGAAUCGGUUGAAGAAGCUCCAAAUACUCCAAUUAUGUCUGAAAUUGAGCAAAAUGUACAAGAAAUCGAAUCUGUUGAAGAGGCUGAAAAAGAAGUUGAAUACUCGGAUACGUUCAAUCAUUCCGAAGAAAUUGCUGAAAAUGUCGAUCCCGAUGAAACGCAGUAUUUGGAAAAUAUUUCGUUUCCCAAAAUUGACAUGACCAACAACGAUGAGACUUUUAUCGAGAAAUCUUUUGAGAAUGAUCGUCACGAUUCGUCACAAGAAGUGCCUGAAGAGCUCACAAACGGAACAUUAGACUCGUCAAAAGACAAAAAAUCCGAUUCAAUCCCUGAAGAAGUUCUUGCAGUUGCUUGUCAUUCCGCUACUUCUUCUUCAAGUUCGUCAAUUAGCUCAAAAGUUGAUACUGAAUCCGAUGAAAUGCUCAUUAUGGCUGCCAUUAGUACGAUUACUGUUACUCCGAAAAUGUCUUCGUCUCCGGUAGAGUACAAAUUACCGGAUAUCAUCAACGAAGCUGAAGUCCUGCGACGCCAACAGAUGCAAAUUGAGCAAGAAAUCGAGCAAUUACAACAACAAGUACCUUUUGUGUACUUGAAAAACAUUCCGAACAAACCGCCGCCUCCUUAUACCUUGCCUCCGCAAGAAUCCAGCAAAAAUAAGUUUCCCUCAACGACGAAACUUUCGAUGCUCGUAACGAAACGCGUGGAAAAUUUGUAUCGUUUGAACCAAAAAUCAUCAAAUAUCAUCGCGUUGGAGGAAGAUGACACCCUUAACAUUUAUGAAAGACUCAUAAUUGAUGUUUCCGAUGAAUUUUUCUACACAUUUGAACGUCAUCCAAAGCAAAAUGGAAUAAUGAAAAAUUCGCUGAUCUUCUAUAACCCUCCGGAUGAGCUCCAAUGUUUGCAAAAUUUCAUUUCCAACAAAGUUGAGAAGAUUUGUGAGCCCUUAACGCGUGAUGAUUCGCUCGCUUUGUCGAGUUUGGAGGAUUUUGCACCGCUAAAUGCCUAUUACAGUGGCAGAAGAACGCAUAAAAAGGAUUUGGUUGAUGAGAUUUUGAUGCAGGAACUCAUCGAAGAUGACCCCAAUUGGACUUAUUUUGAAGAGGAAGAGACUGUGGUGAAAAAUGACUUAAUUAAUGGCAUCCUAAAGAUGAUUGUUGACGAAGCAGUGACGGAAUUGCUUCAAAUCAUCACUUAAUAUAUUGCUCAAAUUUUGCACUUUUUUAUUUUUUUGUUUGUUAAUUGAAUGUUCACUUUUAUUUGCUCUGAUAAGUUGAUGAUAAAUAAUAAUAUUUAAUGAUAAUAAAGCUAUGGAGAUGUUAAA